AUGAGGAGCGCGGCCAAGGCCUGGAGUCCAGUCAUCAAAGCGGGCAGCCAUGGGGCGGACCGUGCGCGGCCCCUCCCUGCAGCCUCUUCCGGCAUGAAGAGUUCUAAGUCUUCCACCUCGCUGGCGUUUGAGUCCCGGCUCAGCAAGCUCAAGAGGGCCAGCAGUGAGGACAUGCUCAACAAACCAGGAAGUACGGCCGCUUCUGGGGUAGUUCGACUGAAAAAGACUUCGACAGCUGGAGCCAUCUCUGAACUUGCUGAGAGCCGCCUGAGGAGCAACCCAGGGGCUGUGACAACAGCCAAACGGACAGGCAUCCCAGCUCCUCGAGAACUUUCGGUAACCGUCUCCAGAGAGAGAACCGUGCCACGCGGUCCUUCCAACCCCAGGAAGUCGGUGUCCAGCCCCACGUCUUCCAGCACACCCACCCCUACGAAGCACCUGCGGACCACCUCCGCAAGACCCAAGCCAGAGAAUGAAGGCGGGGAAAAGGCCGUGCUCGAGUCCCAGGUUCGGGAACUCCUGGCAGAAGCCAAAGCGAAAGACAGUGAAAUUAACAGGCUUCGAAGCGAGCUGAAGAAAUGUAAGGAGAAAAGGACUCCGAGCACUGAAGGAACCGAGCCUUCCGACGCAAAUGCAGAUGGAACGCCCGUCUCCCCAGGCGACUCGGAACCCUUGCUAAGAGCUCUUGAGGAGAAGAACAAGAAUUUUCAGAAGGAGCUUGCAGAUCUGGAGGAGGAAAACCGGGCCUUGAGGGAGAAACUGACUCAUCUGGAGCAUUCCCCAAAUUCGGAGGGGGGUGCUAGUCACACGGGGGAGAGCAGCUGCCCAACGUCCGUAACUCAGGAGUCCAGCUUCGGAAGCCCACCCGGAAAUCAGCUGUCGGGCGAGCUCGAUGCCUAUCGGCACCCCAUACACGAAAACGCGUUAAGGACAUCAGGCUCUUCAAGCAGCGACGUCACCAAAGCUUCUUUGUCCCCGGAUGCCUCGGAUUUCGAGCACAUCACAGCCGACACGCCCUCCAGGCCCCUGUCCUCCAGCAGCAACCCCUUUAAGAGCUCCAAGUGCUCCACGACAGGCAGCUCCCCCAACAACGUGAGCGAGCUGUCCCUGGCCUCCCUCGCGGAGAAGAUACAGAAGAUGGAGGAAAACCAGCACAGCACGGCCGAGGAGCUGCAGGCUACUCUGCAGGAGUUGUCGGACCAGCAGCAGAUGGUUCAGGAGCUGACGGCCGAAAACGAGAAACUGCUGGACGAGAAGACGAUCCUGGAGAGUUCUUUCCACCAGCACCGAGAGAGGGCCGCGCAGCUAAGUCAGGAGAACGAGAAGCUGAUAAACCUCCUGCAGGAGCGCGCAAAGAGCGAGGAGCCCGCCGCCGUUCAAGAAGGCAAAAUCCUGGAGCUGGAGCAGAAAUGCGCAGAAAUUCUUGACCAGGGCCGCUUUGAAAGAGAGAAGCUGCUUAACAUCCAGCAGCAGCUGACCUGUAGCCUCCGGAAGGUGGAGGAGGAGAACCAAGGAGCUUUGGAAGCGAUUAAACACCUCAAGGAAGAAAACGAAAAGCUGACCGGGGUUCUGGAACGGGAGCGGUGUAAUAACGGUGUGAUGGCCAAAACUCUGGAGGAGUGCAAGGCGACCUUGGAAGGGCUGCAGAUUGAAAAUGGGUCUUUGAAGGCGCAUUUGGAGAGUGAGCAGCAGAAAGCGACGGAGACCGGUCCCGUGGGGCAGACGGCAGAGGCGCGUGAAGUUCAAGAGAUGUUGAGAGUCGCUCGAGCUGAGAAGGAUCAGCUGGAACUGUCUUGCACCGAGCUCAGGCAAGAAUUGCUAAAGGCCCAUGGUGAAAUUAAACAUGUUUCAAGCCUACUGGCCAAGGUGGAAAAGGAUUAUUCUUACUUGAAGGAGAUAUGUGAUCGUCAGGCAGAACAGCUGAGCAGAACCAGCCUCAAGCUGCAGGAGAAAGCGUCAGAGAGCGAUGCGGAGAUUAAAGACAUGAAGGAAACCAUAUUUGAACUGGAAGAUCAGGUGGAACAGCAUCGGGCUGUCAAGUUACAUAACAACCAGCUCAUCAGUGAGCUAGAAAGCAAUGUGAUGAAGCUGGAGGAACAGAAGUCAGACCUGGAAAGGCAGCUGAAGACGCUCACUAAGCAGAUAAAGGAGGAGACCGAGGAGUGGAGACGGUUCCAGGCGGACCUGCAGACCGCGGUGGUGGUGGCCAACGACAUCAAGUGUGAGACACAGCAGGAGCUACGCGCCGUGAAGCGGAGGUUGCUGGAGGAAGAGGAGAAGAACGCGAGGCUGCAGAAGGAGCUGGGGGACAUGCAGGGCCACGGCAGGUUGGUCACGACGGAGCCAUGCAUGCUACCUGUGAAUGAAGAGUCAGAACCCCCCGAGGUCGAUGCUCCCAGCCGGUGGCAUGGCGUCUAUGUGAACAGAACAUCUCCGACGCCUUCGGAAUCUGCGACCACCGUUAAGUCCCUCAUCAAGUCAUUUGACUUGGGACGUCCAGGUGGAACCGGACAGAAUAUUUCUGUCCAUAAAACCCCCAGAAGCCCCCUGAGUGGGAUCCCCGUGAGGACCACUCCAGCUGCUGCUGUUUCUCCAAUGCAGGUAAGAGAGCUUUGGCCACAUCUUCUAAAGGGAAGGGGUGAGGACCUGAAACCGGACCCUUACCUCCGCAAGAGCCCCUCGCUCGAGUCUCUGAGCAGACCCCCUUCUCUGGGCUUCGGGAACACGAGGCUGCUGAGCGCUUCCACGGGGGGCUUGAAACCACAAAGCAAACUCAGUGUGGAGAGAAGAGACCCCCUGGCUGCCUUGGCCCGGGAAUAUGGCGGCUCCAAGCGCAACGCUCUCCUGAAAUGGUGUCAGAAGAAGACAGAAGGCUAUGCGAACAUCGAUAUCACCAAUUUCAGCAGCAGCUGGAGUGAUGGCUUGGCCUUCUGUGCUCUCCUCCAUACCUACCUGCCUGCCCACAUCCCGUAUCAGGAGCUGAACAGUCAGGAGAAAAAAAGAAAUCUCUUGUUGGCAUUUGAAGCAGCUGAAAGUGUGGGCAUCAAACCCAGCCUGGAGCUCAGUGAGAUGCUGUACACGGACCGGCCCGACUGGCAAAGCGUGAUGCAGUACGUGGCCCAGAUCUACAAGUACUUUGAGACGUAA